AUGGAGCGAAUCUACUCGAUUGCGAUUGUAGUAUCUAACGCAUAUCUCUGGAUCUAUCCCUCCAAAUCCCAAGUCGUCAUCGCGGGCGGUUCCAAUUUCGGUUACUACUCCUUUGGCCGCCGGAUCUGGAAGAAAUCGUUCUGCAGGACAUGCGGCGUGCCUAUCCACAACCAGAUCGACGAUUAUACUCCAGAGCAGAUCGCUGAGCUACCGGAGGAUGACCGCGAGUGGGCUGCUGAUCAUUUAGACUGGUCUCCGAUCAACCUCAGAGUUUUAGAUGGAGUCGACUUAGGCAAGCUGCCCCUUCGGCGUAUAGAAGGUUCCAAGUCUGGGAAGGUAGCGUACGUGAACCCUUGA